AUGCUGUUUCCAAAUCCCAAAUCGCCUUUCCAGGAUCCAGACGAGGCGUCGACGGUUUCAGCUGACGUUUCAGGUGACGUUUCAUCUUCUCAGGCUGAAACAGACUCGCUAGCGCUGAUGGUCCAGCUGCCUCAGCUAAACAUCAAGAAGAAACCUCUGUUGAGGUUUGCAUUGCCCAGGGUGGCGUCACGCCGUGAACUGCCGUUUGCUGACUCUCACGAGACGUUCGAGGAGCCAAAUCUGCCCCUGGCAGCGUCUUUUGACCACGAAGCACCAAUGAAAAGGCUUCGAUGGGGUACGACUCGUCACGCCACGGGAAGACCCAAAAAGGAGUCGCUAGGACGCUCAAAGACACUUAAACAGGUGCUACGGUCGAAACUGAAACGGUCGCCGAGGAAACCACACGCAGAAGGCCGUCCUGAAUCGGCAGAAAUCGAUUUAGACAUUAUUGAUGAUUAUGUGGAUGAAAAACCGGCUGCCGAGGCGCUGGCGGCGGAAAACGAUAAGAAACACGAAACUCGGACGGUUUUCUUUAAUAGAAGACUACCGCUGCUGAUGGUGGACCCGAAAACAGGUAAAGCAGCUACAAACUACCCAAGAAACAAAACGAGAAGUGCAAAGUAUACGCCGCUUUCGUUUCUACCCAAAAUGCUUACCAAGAGCUUUACUUCCGAUAUUGCCAACUCGUACUUUUUGUUUCUUAUCAUUUUGGGAGCGUUUCCGAUCUUUGGCGUGCCCAGUCCUGUUCUAGCUGCUGUGCCGUUGAUUGUCAUUCUUAUUAUUACUGCCCUAAAAGAGAUGAUUGAGGAUUCACGAAGAACCGCUCAAGAUAUUGAAGUAAACAACCAAACAACACAUAUCUUGUCUCAGGUGAGAGACGACCUGGAGUAUGCAUAUGAAAACCCAAACGUCAACGACGAGAAAGUGUCGCUUUGGCGCCGUUUCAAGAAACUCAACUCCAGGCUCUUGCUUCGCUUUGUUCGUCUGUUUCUCCGUAAUUGCACCAGCAAGGGCAGGGCCCAGAAGAAACGUGAGGAAGUGCAGCCGUCCAGAGAAGCCAACAGGAAGAGUUUUGAUAGUAUGGUGGAUUUGGCCCCGAGAGAGUCAAUGCAUGGCAAUAGGAAAUCUUUUGCUUCAAGAAGAUCUUACCAUGGAAAGGAGAAGACAUUGGCAUUUUCAAGACAAACAUGGAAGGAAGUUAAGGUUGGCGAUGUAAUUCGUGUUCAGAACAACGAGGAGGUUCCAGCUGAUGUGCUUAUUUUAUCAUCCAGUGAUUCAGAUAACUGUUGUUUCGUGGAAACCAAGAACCUUGAUGGAGAAACCAACCUUAAGGUUAAACAAGCUAUGAAGUUUUCUUCCCAGAACCAUGAACUCAAACGUGCUGACGAUUUCAUGGGCAUUGACUUUGAAGUGGAAAGUGAAGGUCCACACCCAAACCUUUACUCAUACCAGGGUUUUGUUUUGCAUAGCAUGCAAGGAGAACCACUGAAAGAGCCUGCCACGGUGAACAACUUGAUGCUUCGUGGAUGUACGUUGAGAAACACGAAAUGGGUUGUGGGAAUUGUCCUUUUCACAGGUCCAGAUACGAAAAUCAUUCUUAACACGGGUGUUACGCCGUAUAAGAAGUCGAAGUUGUCUCGAGAGCUUAAUUACUACGUUUUGGUUAAUUUCGGUGUGCUUUUCUUGAUUUGCUUCGUUUCUGGACUCUUCAACGGUCUAUAUUACCGAGAAGAAGGAACUUCACGAGACUUUUUUGAAUUUGGAACGAUUGCUGGCUCUCCAGCUACAAACGGGUUGGUUUCUUUCUUUGUUGCAGUCAUUUUGUACCAAGCGUUGGUGCCCAUUUCGUUAUACAUCACCAUUGAGAUCAUCAAGUCGAUGCAAGCGUACUUUAUUUAUUCUGACGUUGGAUUGUACUAUGAUAAACUUGAUUUUCCGUGCAACCCGAAAUCGUGGAGUAUUUCAGAUGAUCUUGGCCAGAUUGAGUACGUUUUCAGUGAUAAAACAGGUACUCUUACACAGAACUUGAUGGAGUUCAGAAAGUGUACUAUCAGAGGGGUUUCUUACGGUAACGCAUACACAGAAGCUUUGGCAGGGUUAAGAAAGCGUCAAGGCGUGGAUGUGGAGAAAGAGAGCCGUGAACAAAAAGAACUAAUUGCACAAGAAAAGGCUGAAAUGCUUGCUGACCUCCAAAGUAUCAGUGAGAACAUUUACGAUGACGAGUUGAGUUUGGUUUCGAAACAGUUUGUUUCUGACCUUAAAGGGCUUUCUGGAUCUGAACAAAAAGACGCGAAUGCUGAAUUUAUGCUUACUUUGGCUUUAUGUCACUCGGUUGUGGUUGAAGAAGACCCUAAAGAUCCUGAUAGAAAGCUUCUUAAAGCUCAAUCGCCAGAUGAAGCUGCUUUGGUUGGAACCGCUCGUGCUUUGGGUUACUGUUUCCUGAGCAAGAGCAAAACAGGCUACAAUUUGCUGAUUCAUGGAAAAGAACAGGAGUUCCAAGUGUUAAACACACUUGAAUUUAACUCUACAAGAAAGAGAAUGAGUGCUAUUAUUAAAAUGCCAGCUGAGAAGGAAGGAGCCGAACCUAAGAUUGUUCUUCUUUGUAAAGGUGCAGAUUCCAUCAUUUACUCUCGUUUAUCCAAAACCAAGAACUCCCAGGAGAUGCUCGAUAAGACGUCAGCUCAUUUGCAAGACUACGCUACUGAAGGUUUGAGAACGCUUUGUAUUGCCAAAAGAGAAUUGACGCCUAGUCAAUAUAAAGAAUGGAACAAAAGACACUUGGAGGCGUCAGCUUCGCUUGAAGAUAGAGAAGAGAGAAUGGAGACGGUGGCAGAUUCCAUUGAACGUGAAUUGGAGCUUCUUGGCGGUACUGCCAUUGAAGAUAGACUCCAAGAUGGAGUUCCCGACUCGAUUUCGUUAUUAUCGGAAGCAGGUAUUAAAUUGUGGGUUUUAACUGGAGAUAAAGUUGAAACCGCCAUCAACAUUGGAUUUUCAUGCAAUUUGCUUGGAAACGAUAUGGAAUUGCUCGUUUUAAAGACAGAUUUGACCGACGACGAGAAGAAGAGAAACGGCGUUAUUCCUGGCGACGACAACGAAACCAUCAUUGGCCGUUUGGUAUCGAAUUACUUGGAGAAAUUCAACAUGAAUGGGUCCAUUGAAGAGCUCGAAGCUGCCAAACAAGACCAUUCUACGCCUGACGGCAGGUACGGCGUGGUUAUCGACGGUGACGCUUUGAAAAUCGCCCUUGCAGAUGACGAUACCAGAAGAAAGUUCCUUCUUUUGUGUAAACAGUGCCGUGCUGUUUUGUGUUGUCGUGUUUCGCCAGCUCAAAAAGCUGCUGUCGUGCAAAUGGUUAAAGAUACACUUGAAGUGAUGACAUUGGCCAUUGGCGACGGUUCCAACGAUGUGGCUAUGAUCCAAGCUGCAGAUGUAGGCGUGGGAAUUGCCGGUGAAGAAGGUCGCCAGGCAGCCAUGUCUUCAGAUUAUGCACUUGGCCAGUUCAGGUUCCUCACUCGUCUUCUUCUUACUCACGGAAGAUGGGCGUACAGAAGAAUGGGCGAGAUGAUUCCUUGUUUCUUUUACAAGAACAUCAACUAUACGUUUGCGUUGUUCUGGUACAGUAUCUUCAACAACUUUGACGGGUCGUACUUGUUUGAUUUCACGUACUUGACGUUCUGCAACUUGGCGUUCACGUCUUUGCCGGUUAUUGUGUUGGCUGUUUUUGACCAAGACGUCAGUCCAACCGUUUCCAUGCUUGUUCCUCAAUUGUACCGAGUGGGAAUCAUGCAAACCGAGUUUAGCCAAUGGAAAGUCUGGGUAUACAUGAUGGACGGGUUCUUCCAGUCGGUGAUCUCCUUCUUUUUCCCCUGGCUUCUUUACUACCAGACUUUCCCAGUUAUGCAAGGUUUGGGAGCUGACCAUAGGUUUUACCUUGGUGUCACCGUAACGUGUAUUUCGUGUAUUGCCAGUAACACGUAUGUGUGGUUGCAGCAGUACAGAUGGGACUGGGUUUCUUUCCUUUGCAAUAUCUUUGGAGGACUUAUCAUUUUCGCCUGGACUGGCGUUUACACUUCGUUUACUGCUUCCCAGGAGUUUUACAAAGCAGCAGCCAUUGUUUUCGGUACAGCGUCGUUCUGGGCAUGUUUCUUUAUUGGUCUUGUGAGUUGUCUCUUGCCCAGGUUCUGUUACGACGCCAUCAGAAGACUUUAUUUCCCCAGAGACCUGGAAAUCAUCAGGGAAUGCGUGAAACGUGGAGAUUUCCUGAAGUACCCUAGAGACUAUGACCCCACGGAUCCUAACCGAGUCCGGGUGGAAAACACCAAGUUGGAACUGGACUCUACUCUUAUUGAAGAGAAGAUCGAAAACAAAUCACCCCAGCAACGCAAACUGGUGGUUGAUAUGGUCAGAAGACUGAUGAUUGGCAAAUCUUCCUUCUACAAAGACAAUACGGAUAUCAUUGAAACGUACAAGCUCGAGAAUAUCAGCACGGCUGCACUUGCACAAGCCGAAGACGAAAACGAAGCAACAUCUGGCCAUGUGGUUCUGCGUCAGCCAACAAACGUACGGACGUCGCUUGAAUUACAUGAACUCACAACGGUAAGCUCACUUCGAGAGGUGGUGGGCCAGAAAUUUGGACAAUAA